AUGUGUGCGGCCGGGCGGAGGAGAGAUGCGUUGCCUGGUAACAGAAACAGGAGCGAGGAGGGAAAACAGGCCAACCGUCACCAACCGCCACUCUGAAUUUGUGUGUCUUAAAGGUGUAGCAUGCGCCUGUAGCCUGUACUGAGGGAAAACAGCAUCAUGCCGUGUUCCUGUGCAGAGUGGCGGCGGUGGAUCCGCCCGCUGGUUCUGGUCCUGUACGCUCUGCUGCUGGUGGCCGUGCUGCCGCUCUGCAUCUGGGAGCUGAAAAAGGACAAGGUGGGGACUCACAGUAAAGCCUGGUUCAUAGCAGGCAUCUUCGUCUUCCUCACCAUCCCCAUCUCUCUGUGGGGGAUCCUGCAGCACAUCGUACACUACACACAGCCGGAGCUGCAGAGGCCCAUCAUCAGAAUACUGUGGAUGGUGCCGAUAUACAGUUUGGACAGCUGGCUGGCUCUGCGCUACCCGAGCCUGGCCAUCUACGUGGACACGUGCCGGGAGUGCUACGAGGCGUACGUCAUCUACAACUUCCUGGUGUUCCUGCUGAGCUUCCUCAGUAACCAGUAUCCCAGUCUGGUCCUGAUGCUGGAGGUCCAGCAGCAGCAGCCCCAUCUACCACCACUCUGCUGCUGCCCCCCAUGGCCCAACGGAGAGGUGCUGCUGUUCAGGUGUAAGCUGGGAGUCCUCCAGUACACAGUGGUCCGACCCGUUACCACGGUGAUCGCACUCAUCUGUCAGCUCUGUGGAGUUUAUGAUGAAGCCAACUUCAGCUUCAGGAACGCCUGGUCAUACCUGGUCAUCAUCAACAACAUGUCACAGCUGUUUGCCAUGUACUGCCUGCUGCUGCUGUACCGAGCGCUGCGGGAGGAGCUGACUCCCAUCAGACCGGCGGGAAAGUUCCUCUGCGUCAAACUGGUCGUCUUCGUCUCCUUCUGGCAGGCGGUGUUCAUAGCGUUCCUGGUGAAGGUGGGGGUGAUCUCAGACAAACACACCUGGGACUGGGACAGCGUGGAGGCCGUGGCCACCGGCCUGCAGGUUGUGGUGAAGGGUCGGAGCUGCAGGAGCACGGCCCGGCUGCACGGCAAGACUGUGAUCGUGACCGGCAGCAACACAGGCAUCGGGAAGACGACGGCCAUCGAUGUGGCGAGAAGAGGAGCCCGAGUGAUUCUGGCCUGCCGCAACAAACAGAGAGGAGAAGCUGCUGUGGUGGAAGUCAAGAGGGAGAGCGGCAGUGACCAGGUGGUGUUCUUGCCGUUGGAUCUGGGGAGUCUCAAGUCUGUUCGCAGCUUCGCUGAAACCUUCCUGAGGACUGAACCCAGACUGGACAUCCUCAUCAACAAUGCAGGUGUUCUGCUUCAGGGUCGUACGGAGGACGGACUGGGGCUGAUGUUUGGCGUCAACCACAUCGGCCACUUCCUGCUGACCAACCUGCUGCUGGACCGGCUGAAGGAGUGCCAACCCAGCAGGAUUGUCACGGUGUCGUCCGUGGCUCAUAACUUUGGGAAAAUUGAUUUUGACUGCCUGAACACCCACAAAGCUCUGGGACCGGGGACCUCGGGGAUCAUCACGGAGGUUUUACAGAUCUACUGCCAUAGCAAGCUGUGCAACGUCCUCUUCACCCACGAGCUGGCCAAGAGACUGCAGGGCACCAGGGUCACCUGCUACUCCCUCCAUCCAGGGGCUAUCAGAACUGAGCUGACGAGGAACACUAGCUCACUUGUACGUUUCCUCAUUUGGCCAGCAAAGUUUUUCUCCAAGAACACGGUUCAGGGCGCCCAGACCACGCUGCACUGCGCCCUGCAGGAGGGGAUCGAACCGUUCACCGGGCGCUACUUCUCCAACUGCACCGUGAGAGAAGUCUUCAACAAAGCCAAGGACGACGCGGCAGCAAAGAAGCUGUGGGAGCUCAGCGAGAGACUGUCGGGUCUCCAAUAAAUAGCUUUUCCAUCAACAUGAUAUUGGGUUAAUAUUAAUUAAGGUUCCCUAGUCUGUCUUGACAGAAUAUCUUGGAGUUUUUACAGCACUGCUAUGUAUUUACAAUGGCAGUGAAUUAGUAUAUCAUAUGAGUAUGAUUUUUAAUUACAGGUAAGGUAAUUAGUCUAGACGGAUUUCAGAAUAAAGGCCUCCUAUAAGAAGUGAGGAGCAUUUAUGGGCACAAGUCAGGAACCGGCCUACCUUACAUAUCUCAAGGGUGCUGAGUCCAAAAAAAAUGGUUCCCAAGCGAAAUUUUGAGUUUUUGACCUUCUAAUUUGUAUCAAAUGGCCACC